CUAAACCAUACUUAGCAUACAGCACCCUUUCACUUUACUCUGACCUCUAGGCCAUGGCUGUGAUACCAGGGACUAGAGCAAGGGAGCCCUGAAGAGAACUCAUCUAAGUGGGCUAAGAACACGCUGUGGCAGCUGGAUCAGAAAUGCACAAGACCUCAAUCCAUAGAGCAUAGAUACCGGGAAGGAUAAUGACACAAGAAGAUGCUAUACUGAUACUGUAUACUCACUCUCACUCUGGACAAAACAGUGAGAGAGGCUCUCUCCACCUACGUUAGUGCAGCCCAGGAAGCAUCCUGCCAGGCACACAUUCCCUCUCUCUCUCUCAUCCUCUCUGGAUAGACGUGUCCGCCUCGGCUGCUGUAUUCCUAUAUGAGCCAGUUGUCGGUGGGACAGAAGAUCAUGACCGAGACCCUCCGGCUCCCCUCCUUCCAGGUGCAAGCCCCGGGGGACUGGCAGACCCCGGAUGGAGACCCAGGAUCAGAAGCAUCCGCCGGGGGAAAGGUACCCAUUGCGGGUGGUGACUCUUCCGCCCUCUCCAGUUCUGCCACUCCGUCCCUCCGCCGCAAGCGCUUCAAGAUGCGGCGCAUGAAGAACGUGCAGAGCGAGAGCAGCGUGACCCCGGCUGUGUCUGCAGCGGCUGCCACUAUGAGGUCAGAGGUCAUGAGUAAGGGCCAGGGGUCGCACUCCUUCUCAGGGGGCAUGGAGUACUUACAGCUGCCGUCCAUCGAGAUUACACCAUCCAGCGACGAGGACGCGGCAACCACCUGGUCCAACUGCUCCACACCCAGCGCUUCGCCGCGACGCAAGCGCUUCCUGCUGCACCGCUGGCUGAACGUGCGCGAGAAGAAGGAUCACUACAGUGAGAGCAGCAGGGAGAGCAGCCUACACAGCAGCCACGAGGAGGACUCCGCUCGCUUCUUGAGCCCUCACAGUCGGGAGGAGAGCACUGCUAGCAAUUCGAACCGGAGCACGCCCACUUGCUCGCCCGUCCUGCGCCAUCGCUCUCGCUCACCCACGCCCCAGCAGAGCCUGGAACCCAGUGGUGAGAACAUGGUGGAGAAGGGCCACUCGGACCCCUCCUCUGACAAGGACAAGUCACCCUCCACCAUAGAGCAGGUGGUGCAGCGCACCUACAGUCAGUCGGUACACUCCACCACACGCAGCCACGGGGGCAAGAACUCCAAGAAAAGCCAGAGCUGGUACAACGUAUUGAGUCCCACGUAUAAGCAACGCAAUGAGGACUUCAGAAAACUCUUCAAGCAGCUACCCGACUCAGAACGCCUCAUUGUGGACUACUCCUGUGCCCUGCAAAGAGAUAUCCUGCUGCAGGGGCGCCUCUACGUCUCAGAAAAUUGGAUCUGUUUCUAUAGCAACAUCUUCCGCUGGGAAACGCUGCUAACGGUGCGGCUGAAGGAUAUCUGCAGCAUGACCAAGGAGAAGACGGCCCGCCUCAUUCCCAACGCUAUCCAGCUGUGCACCGACAAUGACAAGCACUUUUUCACCUCGUUCGGAGCAAGGGACCGGACAUACAUGAUGAUGUUCAGACUAUGGCAGAAUGCUCUGCUAGAAAAGCCCUUGUGUCCCAAAGAAUUGUGGCAUUUUGUCCAUCAGUGUUAUGGCAACGAGCUGGGUCUGACCAGUGACGACGAGGACUACGUGCCGCCGGACGAUGACUUCAAUACCAUGGGGUACUGCGAGGAGCUGCCCGUGGAGGAUAAUGACACCAACUUCGCCAAGAUGCCUGACGCCAAGGGAGACACCAGCCCCCUGUUGUCCCACAGAGCCUUCCCCAACAACGCCCUACCCUGUUCGAGCACGAUCGAAUCACUCCUCCCCUUUAACUUGCCUCUCGUGGACGAGUUCCCCCUGUGUCUCCCCGAUGGCGAGCUCCUGACCCUCCAGUUGCCGGGGUUGGACAACCGGAGCAGUGGUCCCAGUAGCCCCGCCCCCUCGCCCUCGCUGGACUUCAACGACAACGAGGACCUCCCUACCGAGCUCAGCGACUCCUCCGAGACGCACGACGAAGGGGAGGUGCAGGCGUUCCAUGAGGACCUGAAUGGGAAGCAGUACAUAAACGAGGUGUACAAGUUCAGCGUUGACAAGAUGUACGACAUCCUCUUCACCGAGUCCACCUUCAUGAGGGACUUCCUGGAGGAGAGACGCUUUUCAGACAUAGUCUAUCACCCCUGGAAGAAAGAGAAAGAGGAGACGGGCAACCAGACCAGAGAGAUCAUGUACACCAUCUCCCUCACCAACCCCCUGGCCCCCAAGACAGCCACCGUGACUGAGACGCAGACGCUGUACAAGGCCAGCCAGGAAAGCGAGUGCUACAUCAUAGAUGCCGAGGUGAUAGCACACGAUGUCCCCUACCAUGACUACUUCUACACCCUAAACCGCUAUGUGCUCACCAGGGUGGCCAAGAAGAAGUGUCGGCUCAGGGUAUCCACAGAGCUGCGCUACAGGAAACAGCCGUGGGGGCUGGUCAAGGGCUUCAUCGAGAGGAACUUCUGGAGUGGCUUGGAUGAGUACUUCAGACACUUAGAGCUGGAGCUGAGUAAGGUGGAGGUGGUCCUGGCCGAGCCCCACAGACAGUCCCCCAAGGCCAGGGCUCUACGGGCAGGGGCAUUGAGGCGACGGAAACGGCCCCUGGUCCACCUGCGGCCCCCACACAUGGACGAAGCCCUCAGCUCCGUCACCACGCCCGAGGACGAGGAGGUCACCCACCGCCACCGGAUCAAACACGUGGCAGCAGGUUCCACUCAAACCAGAUACAUCCCGGACAAUGUCCCAGGAGGCCUAGCGCUCUACAGUGUCUCCAAGCUACUCCUCAUCAUCAGCUUUGUGAUCUGUAUAAGCCUAGUAUUGUUGGUGUUUCUGAACAUGAUGCUUUUCUAUAAGCUGUGGAUGCUGGAGUACACCACACAGAGCCUGACCUCGUGGCAUGGCCUACGACCACAAGAAAGUAAACUUCCACAGACGCAGCUGGAGUGGGCCCAGCUUCUGGAGUCGCAGCAGCGGUACCAUGACGAUGAGCUGCAGAAGUGGAAGGAGAUCAUCAAGUCGUCGGUGAUGUUGCUGGACGAGAUGAAGGACUCACUACUAAACCUGCAGAAGGGCAUGGGCUUAAGAGACUAUAACUCUGAAUCGGAGGAGAAGAGGAGUCGAUAUCACUGACAAACAGACAAUCCUAAGCCACCAGCCAGGACAUUAUGUGCAAUAUCUAAGGUACCAUUUAUGGGAAAGUCUUGGGAAAAGUCUUAGGAAAACAAGAGAAAUAUGUUUUCUUGCACGGGGGAACGACGACAGGUCUCCCAGAACGACCGACUCCACUCCCACCGCCCAACGUCUGGCAGAAAGUUACCUCAUCACCACCAGGACAGGAUUGGGGCGGACGCCGUCUGCACCGUUGCAUCAUGGGAAAAGACAGCGGUGCCAUGACCUACAUUGGCCUAAACUCUUGACUUUUUUAUCACCUCGUUCUCUGAGAAUGUUGUACUGUAAAGUGUUUUUUGUUUUGUUCGUUUUUUUGGGCCACGUACGGACAAAGCAAAGAUAGAAGGGAUGGGUCAGGGAAGCUUGCAUUUCUUGUCUCCGUCUGAGAAAAAAAUAACGUUUUCGGUGGAGAUGUGUAUUGAAACGUCGGCAUAUUUGUCUCAGAAGAGCAAAAAUAAUACUGGGUCAGGGUUCCUUGUGUUCCUCCAUAGCCUUUUUAGGAACUCUUGGACAAAGUUUUGGCGCUGCAGUAUCCCUUUUUUUUUUUACAGACCUUUGGACUCUGGGACCAGGUUACGAUCAUAAACGGAACCACAAUCAACAUGCAGUGUUUCAACACAACCCAUCAUUUAUAGGAUAGAACCUCCAGGAAUCAUAGUAUAUUAUAAAUGCAUAUAUAUAUAUAUAUACAUAUAUAUAUACGAAUAUGAAUAUAUUAUAAUAACGUAUAUCUUUUUUUUGUAGAAUUGCAGUCAGGGCAAAUUUUUACCAGGCUUCCAUGGUGUAUCAGGGCAGGUUUCCCUGAAAGCUUGUGCCAUGGCGUUGUGUUUCUAUGUUUGUGUUUGUGUGUUCAUGUUUUCUAAGGCAUGCUCUCUACUGCGUGUAGAGUACCCCCUACCCCUUUGAUUUGUAUUCGUGGACAGGGGAGCUAGCCAUAGCUUUUAGCAGCAGUGAGAAUGUAUUGGAUAACUGGUUACGUUGCCAGCUUGUUAGCAUACACGGAUGAGAAAGCGGUCAGCUUUUGCAGAGGUACACAGUAGGUGUUUCUCAAUAUGCAUACUACCGUGCUCCACACUGUCAUGCUCCGAGUGCAUUCUUAGAAGACGCUCUCUUGAGUACAUUCUUGUGAGGACGAGAGUGUGGAGAACGCAUAAAACAUUACAUUUGAGAAGCACACCCCUUAUUGUAUUCUCAUGCUGCACUUCCCCAUUCACGGAACUGUCUUCCAGCCAGGACAAUGACAAUAGAGAUGAAACCAGAUAUACACAAAGCAAAUUGUUUUACUUUAUAACUAUCAGCUAGCUACAUGUGCAUUGUAAUUAUCUAGCUCAUCAGAUAGUUUAACAGGCAAAAAAUGACCUAAAACUAAUGUCAUGCAAAGUAGAUGUCAAUUCUUCAUGGUUAGCUAGCUAACAGUUCUUUGUGACCAUCUGGCUAGCUAACAGUAGUAGCUAGCCAGUUAGCCCUAUUGACUUACUACGGGCUUGCGAUCUACAUAUACUACAGUGGGUAUUGUAGGCAGGUAAACAUGCCAAAAUUAACACAGCAUGUAUUUAUUAACGUAUCCAGAUAAAAUAUUGUAGUCAGGCAACAUAUGAGAUGUCAGAGUUUAUUUUCUCUCACUUCAGCUAAAAUAAUAUCUGCCAUUGAUUUCUAAUAAUUUUGUGUCAUUUUUUUGACAUGGUUGCAUCAUAUUUCUGUGCAUACUUUCCAUUGAAACUUGCAUUGAUUCAUGCUUCAAAAUAUGUACAAACAGAGUAUGCAUUUGAGAAGUGCCCUCCGUGCUCUGUUUCGCAUACUUUGAUUUGGACUCACACUCCUGUGCUUCACUUUGCGUGCUCGGAGCAUGAUAGUAUGCAUUUUGAGAAACGCCCAGUAUUUUCCAGUGAUGCAACGUUCUUCCGGGAACAGGGCUUUCUUGGCCCUAGCCAACCCCAAAUGUUAUAUCAACGUUGUGCUUAGGUUUUAUCCAUAUACGUCUUCAACCUUGUCCCUCAGGAUGAUUUGUUUUAGGUUAUGGAUACAUCUAUUCAUUGUUGCCAAGAUUUACGUGUCAAGUUUUAUGCUAACGUAUCAUUUUUUUUAAAUUUUGGACAGUAUUGUUAUCAUCUUUUAUUUAGCUGCUUUGUGUUGUAUCAAUUCAUUUGUGGCUGUCCUGUAUUGGCUGGAAUAGGAUGUACUUGGGAGUGUACUGUAUAGGCAUUGGUAUAGUGAUUUUACACAUUCGAUGGAGCUUGAAUGUGUCUCUACCGGCACUUCAAAAAUAAUUUAGGUUGUUUUACCCAGUAUUUGUUAUCAGCCCAAAUACUGUGUCAGACAGAGAGAACAUAAUGAUCAGUGUUAUGAUCAUGUGGAUGUUAAACUACGUCGCUCGAUGAACCUUCUUCACAGGGCACCUGGUUGUUCAGCUGUUAACCACAGACGGAGUGGACAGUAUUUUAGGGAGGGUAUUUCUUCGGAGAGGGGCGUCAUUUUACGAAGGGAUACUGCAGCUGAACCCGAAAAACUUUGAUCACUACGAAAUAUUUGAUGAUUAAAACUGUGAACUUCCUCAUUGAAAAAUAUGCUUGAAGCUGGAAAAAACAAGACUAGCGGAAAUUGUACAGUAUUCAGAGGCAGAUAUUUAGGGAUUUAUUUAUGUACAGUGUAUACGGGAAAUGUAAAAGAAACGUUUGGGGAAACGGUCAGUGGUCACCCACUGCAGAACUGGAUUCAAAUACAGUACCAUUUGAAAUCAUUUCAAAUAUUUCAGCUGUGCUUGAUUGAGUUUUCCUGGCUUUUAUGGACCAAUAGAAAAGUCCUAAAACUGCAGACACCACCCAUUUGACACUCUAGGCAGGCUAAAACAAAACUCAAAGGUAUUUUAAAGAUUUCAGAUAGUAUUUGAACUCGGGUCUGACCUACUGUACUCCUCUGUCUUCCCAAAGAUGUCUGUUGUGGGCUAUGUCCUGGCAUAUUGGAUGUGUCAAGUUGACACAGUCAACCAUUCCCAAAUCGUUUGUGUUUGUUGAUUUAAAAUGCCCCAAAUGUAAAAAUGUACAAGAAUGGUAUCAACUGUGGCUAAAGCUAGAAUUUUAGUAUCUCCCCAUCUGUCUAUGGAAGAAGCAUAGCUAUCAAAAUAAAUUUUCAUUUCGAAUUGAAUUUCAACAGCUAAACACUUCCAUAUUUGCUUUGCCACCCAUGUUUGUUCAAUUGGUUGGACUCUCAAGGUUUCCUGUGACGACUUUGGAAACGAACAAAGCCUGUGGCCGUUGAUUCAGCCACUAACUGGUAUGUUUGAGGGAUUGGGAUGAAGACAUACACAGUGCACGGUGUGCAGAAGUAACAUUUAGGCCAAAAUAAUGAUGUCAACGUUACGCAUUGGGAUACCAAGCUUUAGACAUGGGUCAAAUUCACUAAGACGCAAACGGACGAAAACAGAGAAGGACGUACCUGAAUUUGUCCAAUAAGAAACACUAGUUUUCCUCUACAAAGCAUUUUGCUAUUGUGUGCGCUAAUGACUAUGACCCUGCACUCAUUGGCUUUGCAGACAGUGGACCGGCACAACUCACGUACAUUCCAAAAAGAGGAGGGUUUCAUCUGAAAGAAGAAACGACAAAAUAUGCAAUGGAUUGAUACAGUGGGUAGCACUUCAUACAAUAUGAAUGCGAGUCAUUUACAGCAUUGCUGAAUGAUUUUCCCCACUCCCUUGCGCUAUGACAUGGUCAAUGUUGCUGAAAUGGCCAUUUGACCUAGUUCAGGUCAAGUUGUUAAGCCUAAUUUUAAGAGUGAUAAUUGAGACGAGAUCUAUUCAUGGCAGAUUAAAUGGUAUUCUUGAGGAAAAGGGCCCGUGAUGAGAUUACAAUGAUUUAUACUGUACCUUACAUUUUUCAUCAGUCGACAUGACAAUCAUUUCUGUUGACUUGGUGAGAGGAGUAGAAAGCGGUCAACCAACGUGAGAUGAUGUGCAACCAAAAGGUGACCCUUGGAAAGGUGACCCUUGGAAUAAAAUGGAAUACGCAGCAGGAGGAAACAACGCAACUUGCCGCUCCACCACUCGUUAUUGAUUUUGUUGCCGAGGAGGGUCGCACAACUGUGUGCAAGUACAUAUUGUGCUCUUCUAUCGUGUGUGCAAUGCUGUUGAGGUGGGAAAAAAACAGUGUUCGUUGAUUGCAGUAACUUUGUUGUUGUAAUUUCUCAAACGGACGUGGCUGUUUCACCAUUAGGGAUUCAAAGAAAACGCUUGAUUAAUCCGAUGCAAUACAUAUAUUUAAUACAUUAUCUAACAUUUCGAUAGUAAGCUGCCUUCGUUUGAGUUUCUGAAAAACGUAGAGACCCUUUGAUGACCCUUCUAUAGAGAAUGCAUGCUAGAUUCCUGUCUCAUUCGAUUUAAUUCAUGAUCUCAGAUGUGUUCUAUGCAUAGGUGCUUUAUAUAUGCAGGAAUGCCUCAAAUGGCCCUGAAAAUGAAAUUGUUAAAUCGUGUUUUUAAUAGAAUGGUCAGUAAGCAUGUCUGAGUGUCUGAGAAAACAAACAAAAUAUGUUGCACCCAAAAAGUAGUGUUCUUAAAAACCUGAAACUGAAAGAGCUUUCUUUAUUCAUUUGAACGCUCACAAAGCUGCAGCUUGACCUGUUCAUGUUUGCCAAAUGAUAGUAAAUUCUAAGGAAAUUAUGAACAAUAUGCACAAUAUAGGUAGAAAAUAGUGUCUUAAAUUGAGCAUGAGACAUAAAUAGCGAAUUGAAAGGAUGUAUUUUAGAGCUUGUGUUUGUGGUUAAGUUUCCAUGACAAUCCCACGAAGCCUGACCUCCAAUGCUUUCAAACCCUUCACUUCAGUACACACACGAGCGCACGCACAAAGUUUUCCAUCUCAGAAACACUUGUUGUGGUAUUGUAUAUCCUCUGUGUGUGUGUGUGUACAAUACCUGAUAUGUUUUUUUUAAGUGUUUUGAUCUCCUAUAUAUAUGACUGAAAUAUUUCUACAGAUAAUACUGUAUGUAUAUGUUGUGUAUAGCUCCGGUGUACACAGACUAGAGAAACCCAUCCACGCUGGGCGUGGUCUUUGGGGGGAAAACUUUGAAAGGAAAAAACAUUCUAAAAGCUUUAUUGGUUUGUGGAGGAGUAGAGAUGAAAUAAAAUAAUGGAAAGUA